AUGGCAAGAGAGGAUUGCAAAGUAACAGAGGAAAGAGAUUUAAUGCUAUCUCUAAUUGAAGUCCUUAUCUUGUGGAAACAGGACAGGUUAUUCUCACUAGUGAUGCAUUGUACUUGGAAGAGAUCUCAGGGAGAAGGUGAAUACGAGUCCACGUGUCUUAACAAGGAUGCAUUUACACCUGAAGAAGAUGACAUCAUUGUCAAACUCGUUGAAAAAGGGCUGGGGUGGGCAUCUAUCGCUCAAAAAUUAGGGAAUGGUCGUACUCCGAAUGCAAUCAAGAACGCUUGGAAUCA